UUAAUGUCGCCUAACCGUAAAACGCGUAUUGGGAUCCUUUUAAGGAACGUUUUAUGAGUUUAGUCGGGCUGUCAGAGAAGAUUUGACAGCCCGACUUCAUUGAACGAAAAGUUCCUAGAAUCGAGGUUUUCGGUUGUUUUUGGCUUUGGCUAGAGCGUGUUCGUUGUUUUAUUGGGGUUCGGUUGAUAUUGUUUUGAGAGUCUUGGGGGCUUGGUGCAGUUUUUGAAUAUGGGUUCCUUGUCUGGAAUCCUCCAAAGACCUCUGGUUGCCGCUACUGCCGUUGCCGUUGCUUCUGUUUCGAAUGAGUUUUCCGAUAAGUUACCGUCUCAAUCUCAUAAAUCCCCAGGAACGUGCUCUUCUUCCCCGGAUUUAUUGAAUUCUUCAAUCCAUGAUUCAUUACAAGAACCAAAGUCUUCGUGGGCUUCGCAUAUUUCAGUUUCUAAGCUCGCAAACUUAUCGUUUGUCACCAGAAUACGAGUGCCCGUACCAAGUGUUAAUUUUCCCAUUCCUCAUUCGGGCUGUAACUUUGUUCCUAAAUCGUUAAGUUCUUCAAUUGCUUGUUCCCCUGUUCUCCUUGAUUUGUUUCAAUCAGCUAAGUUGGUCAAAGCACCAGAGCCAGUUACACAUCUACAUGGUUUAUCUCCUCCUGCGGAUGUUAUGUACAGAUGGCAUUUGCCUGAGCCGACCGCUAUAGAUGUUUCAGGUGGUUCUGAGUGUUCAUCAGCCAAGUCUAGGACAGUUGUAGUUUUGCUAGGAUGGUUGGGAGCAAAGCAGAAGCAUCUUAAGAGAUAUGCAGAAUGGUAUACCUCAAGGGGCUUUCAUGUCAUCACCUUCACGUUUCCAAUGUCUGAGAUUCUUAGUUAUCAAGUUGGAGGAAAAGCCGAGAAGCACAUAAACUUGCUUGUGGACCAUUUGGCUGAAUGGUUAGAAGAGGAGCAUGGAAAGAACCUGGUUUUUCAUACUUUCAGUAACACUGGAUGGCUAACGUAUGGGGCUAUCCUCGAGGGGUUUCAGAAGCAGGAUCCUUCCUUAAUGGGAAGGAUUAGAGGCUGCAUUGUGGAUUCUGCACCUGUUGCAGCACCUGACCCACAGGUAUGGGCUUCAGGUUUCUCUGCUGCAUUUUUAAAGAAGACUAGUGUGACAACAAAAGGAGCCAUAAGCUUGAAUGCGUCGGGAACUGGAGUUUUGGUUGACACCAAGGAAGCUGUGGAACCAAAACCAGCAGUAACUGAAGCAGCUUUGAUGUUGGUUUUGGAGAAGUUUUUUGAUGUGGUUUUGAACCUUCCAGCGGUGAACAGGAGACUUUCUGAUGUGUUGGGUUUAUUGUCUACACAACAACCAAGCUGUCCGCAACUAUAUAUUUAUAGCUCUGCAGACAGAGUCAUCCCAGCAGGGUCUGUCGAAUCAUUUAUUGAGAAGCAAAGGAGGGCCGGGCGUGAGGUGAGGGCCUGCAAUUUUGUGUCUACGCCUCAUGUUGAUCAUUUCAGAAACGACCCAAAACUUUAUACUUCUCAGCUAACCCAAUUUUUGGAGGACUGUGUGCUUACUAGUUGCAAAAAGUCGCAUUAGUUUAAACUCAAACCAAAUUCUUUUUCUCUGUGAACUAUACAAAAAAAGAGAAGAAAAAAAAUUCAUUAAUUCAUUGCUAUAGAUUUGGUGGAAUGCAGCAUGAGGAUAUUCCUAUUGUGUGCUCUGUUCACAUGCUGCAAACAUAUUCAAAGGGGGGUUAUAAUUAUACAGCUCAUGCAAUGUUGAGCUUUGAUUUAUAUUUUGGCAUAUAGUUGAACUUUUGACCUUUGGUUUAUUACUGAAGUCAUAAUUUUGCUAUUUUGGCUA